GAAGCAUAGCAAGCAAACCCAGCUCGAUCGCCUCUCGCACUCCGCGAUCCAUCUCUGGCAAUUUUUUUUCCUCUCGAAAUUAAACGUCUGUUUCCAUCUCUGGCUAUAUAUACCCCUCGUUAGGUCUCUCACUCGUUAAGCCAUCCAAGGAGCGAGGGGUACAAGCACACCGCAGUCUCAGCCCUCCGCCCUCUCUCUCUCUCCCUUCAAGAACUACUCGAGGUCUAAUUGUCCCAGCCUGCCGCGCGCGCUCGGCACGCCAGAAGGAAGGACGUACCAGAGGCACACAAUUUCAAAUGGCGGACUGCAUGCAGGAGUGGCCGGAGCCCGUCGUCCGCGUGCAGGCGCUCGCCGAGAGCGGGCUGUCCGUCAUCCCGAGCUGCUACGUCAAGCCGCCGUGCGACCGCCCGGCCCCGGCCCCGGCCCCGACCAUGGCACCACCGGCGCCGGCAGUCCAUCCGAGGAAGAAGGAGCCCAGCUCGGACGCCAUCGCCAGCAUUCCGGUCGUCGACCUCGGCGAGCUGCUGGCCGCAGACGGCGCCGUCGCCACCGUCACCGAGGCCGUCGCCGCCGCGUGCCGGGACUGGGGCUUCUUCCAGGUGGUCAACCACGGGGUGCGCCCCGAGCUGAUGCGCGCGGCGCGGGAGGCCUGGCGCGGCUUCUUCCGCCGCCCGCCCGCCGAGAAGCAGCGCUACGCCAACUCGCCGCGCACGUACGAGGGCUACGGCAGCCGCCUCGGCGUCCAGAGGGGCGCCGUCCUCGACUGGGGCGACUACUUCUUCCUCCACCUCGCGCCGGAGGCGGCCAAGAGCACGCCCAGGUUCUGGCCGGCCCAGCCCAGCAACUGCAAGGAUGUGUCGGAGGAGUACGGGCGCGAGGUGGUGCGGCUGUGCGAGCUGCUGAUGCGGGUGCUGUCCGUGAGCCUAGGGCUGGACGAGGCGCACCUCCAGCGGGCGUUCGGCGGGGCGGAGUGCGGCGCCACCCUGCGCGCCAACUACUACCCGCGGUGCCCGCAGCCGGACCUGACGCUGGGCCUCUCCGCGCACUCGGACCCCGGCGCCCUCACCGUCCUCCUCGCGGACGUGCUCGUCCGCGGCCUGCAGGUCCGCCGCGCCGCCGCCGACGACUGGGUCACCGUGCAGCCCGUCCGCGACGCCUUCAUCGUCAACGUCGGCGACCAAGUCCAGAUACUGAGCAACUCCGUGUACAAGAGCGUGGAGCACCGGGUGGUCGUGAACGCCGAGGAGGAGCGCAUCUCCCUCGCGCUCUUCUACAACCCCAAGGGCGACGUCCCCAUCGCCCCGGCGCCGGAGCUGGUGGCGGCCGCGAGCCUGCCGGCGCUCUACCCGACGAUGACCUUCGACGAGUACAGGCUCUACGUCAGGAACAAGGGCGCCAGGGGCAAGGCGCAGAUCGAGGCUCUCAAGGGCCAGGGAACACCAGAAAGUCAAUUAUAGACGACGACUAGCUAGCUACUAGCUAGUACGUAGCCACCACUUGUCUACGUACAUUACAGUAUAUACUAGCUACUAGCUAGUUAAUAAACAACUGCUGCGUGUGUGUCCUAAUUAAUAUGACAAUUGUUAAUCUGGAGUUAGUUCGUUACUAUACGCUGCGCUGGCUCCCCCGGCGGACGACCCAUGGAUAAUCUGAUUGUAAUUGUAAUAACACGUGUAAGACCAACCUACUACCUUUGGUACCACUUUCUACUCAAUAUGAUCGAUCGCAUGUAUA